UUCUUACUUCUUCUUUGUGUACACGAAAGUUGGCCCAACAGAGUGCUUUCGCCGUUGGUUCUCUUGCUCACUGGAUACUGCAGUCCAGCUUGUCUGAUUUAGGCUGAAUGUCUGAUUUAUGGGGUUGCUUUUCAUAUAGCAUGGCGGAUCAGUACUCUUGUGAAGGUUCUAGUUUGAGCCCAGUUUCUGGAGACUGCUCGGAAUCUACUGUUGAGCUCAAUGUCAAGACUUUAGAUUCACGGAUCCACAGCUUUCAUGUGGAUAAAAAUUUGCCAGUCUCAUUGUUCAAGGAGAAAAUAGCGAAUGAAAUUGGUGUUCCGGUUGAGCAACAACGACUAAUUUUUAGAGGAAAGGUCUUAAAGGACGAUCAACUUCUUGCUGAGUAUCAUGUGGAAAAUGGACAUACAUUACAUUUAGUUGCAAGGGACCCAACCCAAUCACAACCUUCAUCAGGUCAAAGCUCUGGAGAGACUAAUGGGAAUAAUGGUAGUCGAGGAAAUGAUGCUAAUGCUGGUGGCCCUCGUGCUCGUGUUGGGCAAAUUUCACAUAGUGUAGUGCUUGGGACCUUUAACGUUGGAGAGCAAGCCGAAGGGAUUGUACCAGACCUAACUCGGGUUAUUGGGGCAGUUUUGAAUUCUUUUGGUAUUGGAAGCCAAACCACCAACACUGCUACAGGUGGUGCACAACCAAACACACAGUCCAAUGCUCCUGGUCAGGCUUCUCAGGGAAUUGAAGUAGAUGGGACACAUGGUAAUGCCAAUGAUCAGAGACAAGAAGGAAACCAGGCACAGCCUAGUCAACCAUUCCAAUCUCUGCCUCAAGUUAUGCAAUUUCCUGUACCAGGAGGUGCAGGACCUGCUCCUCAAAUUCAGGUUCCAAUUCCCGAUUCUCUGCACACACUUUCAGAGUUCAUGAAUCGCAUGGGAUUGUCGUUGUCACAUAAUGUGUAUCAGCCAAAUUCAUCACCCACCAAUGCAGAUAUACCAAGAGUGGAAUUACCUUCCAACUCACGAGGACUGCCAACACCCGAAGCAUUAAGCAUUGUUAUGCGUCAGGCAGAGAGGCUUCUCAGUGGCAAUGCAGUUGCUGCUCUAUCUCACAUUGCAGGACGUGUGGAGCAAGAGGGAGCUUCAACUGAUCCUACUAUAAGGGGUGAAAUUCAGACAGAAGCACUGCAAGUAGGGCUUGCAAUGCAACAUUUAGGUGUGCUCCUUCUAGAGCUUGGUCGUACAAUUUUGACAUUGCGAAUGGGACAGUCUCCUGAUGAAUCUUCUGUGAAUGCUGGGCCUGCAGUUUACAUAUCUCCAUCAGGGCCUAAUCCUAUAAUGGUUCAGCCCUUUCCUCUUCAAACCAGCUCUUUCUUUGGUGGUUCAACUGUUCCUCAAUCAAAUCCUCCUGCUGGUCCUGGAAAUGCGCCAAGGCAUAUAAACAUUCACAUACAUGCUGGCACAUCACUUCCACCUAUUGUUUCAGCAGCUGGUACCAGGGCAGGAAAUGGGGAUGGAAUGCAGGGAGAACGUGCUAAUGGAAAUGUUUCAGCACAAUCAGGUGCUUCUAUUUCACAGGCACCUUCCGACUCUGGUGCACUAUCCUCCGUUAUAGCUGAAGUCAAUUCACGGAUCAGAAAUUUGGUUGAUAACAUGCGGGGGGGAAACCAGGUUCCAUCAGGCCAAGCAGGGAGUUCAACUGUUCAGAAUAUGUCUACUGGAUCUGGUCCUGGUAAUGAUGUAGGGAGUGAUCAGCUGAAAAACAUGGCAGUCGCAGGAGCCGGGGAAACCAGCCUACCCUCAGACACAUGCAUCCCUGGAACUGAUGGUCAUACGUCACAACCUGAACACCACCAAAUGAAUAAUAAUCAGGAUAAAAGAGGUGUUUCACAGUCAAAAGAUGUACCAUCAACUUGUGCUGUUGAAGGCUCUUUUAGCUGCUCAAGUGGAAGUGAUGAAGCUACAAGUGGUCCAGCAGAUGCUUCAGAUGAUGCUCCAAGAUCAAGCCAGAGGCAGGAUAUUCCUGAGGAAGCCAAAGCUGUUCCACUUGGAUUAGGGAUGGGAGGUUUGCAACUUAAGAAGCGUAGUAAGCAGCCAAAAUCACAAGGCAAGAACAAUGAUUGUGGAACUUCUAGUGUUCCUUCUGUCAAUCAGAAUCAAGGCACUAUGACAAGUGCCCAGCAGGUUUUGCAGUCUCUUGCCUCUCGUGGUUCGACAGCAAAUAGGACGGAUGCAAAUUGCCCACCCUCGCAGUUUCUUUCUUCUCGUAGUUUCACAGCAAAUAGGAUGGAUGUUAAUCGCCCACCCUCACACUUUCUUGCCUCUCGUAGUUUCACAGCAAAUAGGAUGGAUGCAAGUGGUCCACCCUCAGGGCAACCAUUGCAUGUCCUUGGCCAGGUCAGGGAGGGUAUGUCAUCAGGAGGUCAAGGGCUUGCAGAGCAGUCUGGGGCUGGUUCUCCUGAUGUCUUGAGUAAUAUGCUGCAACAACUCUCUCAAAACCCAUUAAUGAUGAAUACAGUCAAUCAAAUCGCUCAACAGGUUGAUGGCCAAGAACUUGAAAGCAUGUUUUCUGGGCUAGGGAGAGGCCAAGGUGGAGGCAUUGAUCUGUCAAGGAUGGUUCAACAAAUGAUGCCAAUUGUUAGUCGCGCUCUCAGCAGUGGGCCAAACCGUGGAGAACUAUUCCAUGGUGUAGGAUCUGAGCCCCAGCCACAGCACAGUGAGAGAAGGCCUAGCAGAGGUGACAAACCAGAUGUUCAAAAUUCUCAGACUGACCUUCGAGAAGUAGCUGAAAGCAUUGAACGCCAAAUUCCACCCCAAGAUAUUUUCCGCUCUGUAGCUGAAAAUGCAGUUCAACUAUAUGCUAAUGGAACUGGUCCAGAGGGGUUGUUGGAUGUGUUGUGUAGUGAUGAACAUCUUGCCACAGAGUUUAUGGAGGUGCUGCAGCGUGAUGUAUGCAACCGACUGCAUGGGAAAUCUGGGGCUAAGGACUGAGUUUGAUCUUUUUGUGUUGUGGAUGAUUUGUAUUCAGCAUUAAGUUUGGAGGGGUGAGUUUUGCUGAACUUUUUUGGCUAUGCUGAAGUCACUUUUAGCUUCUUUGCUUGUUAAAUCGUACACCCUUGUACAAAUGGUUUCUAUAAUAGUUUCUGUACUAUUCAAAUAGAUUUAUUAUUUGUUCAUUUAGUUGUAUCACUUGAGUUAUUCUGUAGAA